AUGGCGCCCCGCACCGAAGAAGAACUCCUAUCAUACGGCGUCAUGGACCCAGCCAUGGUAGACGCACUAGCCCGAUUUCCAGUCCGGGAUCCACAACCUUCAGACCCGUACUACGGCGACGACUCUCAUUCGGCGCACCGAGCGCACCGGGCCGCUACGCUUCGCGAAAAGCAUCACCUCCGCUACAUUCCCGGUCCGAUACCGGACCAGGUCAGCGAGGAAGAUCGCAAGAUCACUGUUCGCGACGGCGCGGAGAUCACGGUGCGGAUUUAUCGCCCGGUCGAGAAGCCGGCGCAAGGGAGCCCCUUUAUUGUCAUGUAUCAUGAGGGCGGGUUCAGCAUGGGCGAUAUAAGCGACGAGGAGACAAACUGCCGGCUCUUUAGUCGGGACCUUGGCGCUAUCUGCGUGAAUGUCGAUUAUCGGCUUGCACCCGAGUACCCGUUCCCGACUUGGGUCGACGACAGUUGGGAUGCAUUACAAUGGGCAGCUAAGAACGCGACGUCCCUCGGCGCAGACCCAUCUCUUGGCUUCAUCAUUGGUGGUGGUUCGGCCGGAGGCAAUAUCACUGCCGUUCUCGCACACAUCGCACGGGACGAAAAGCUCGACCCGCCAUUGACAGGACAGUACCUCUGUGUACCGGCAAUCAUGGGCUUCACCCCACCAUCACUAAUCUCGCCACGAUAUCGCCAGGAGUACCUCUCGCAUCCGGAUGUCACCACCAACAUCGACCCGGUGCUCAAGAUCAAGUCCGGUGCACAGUGGGCCGAACAACUACACAGGAUCCUGAAAGCACCGUGGACUGAUCCGCGCAUCACUCCUUUCUUAUACGGCGGGAUGGAAAACGGACAUCGUGGGCUUCCGCCGGCGUAUUUUCAGAUCUGUGGGUUGGAUCCUCUGAGGGACGAGGGUUUGAUUUAUGAGAGGGUGUUGAGAGAGGAGGCGGGUGUGAAGACGCGGUUGGAUCUGUAUAAGGGGUUUGGUCAUUAUUUCUGGACGAAUUGGCCUCAACUUGAGAAAAGUCGCGAGUUCGUGGAGGAUACUGUUAAGGGUGUGAAGUGGCUACUUGAGCAGAAGCAGUGAUCGUCCUGGGAAAAUUUACUUCAGCUACUUUGCUACAUUCUACGGAGAGUCUAAGGCCCAAUUGGCGAUUAAAGAUUCGCUAUCUGUGGAAUGAUAAUAUCUCUAAUAAUUCAUAGGUAUUCGUUUUCGUAUCAUCGCAAGAUUCGCGAAAUAUUUUUAUUUACACUCACCAGGUGAUUUAUCCAGAAGCGCCGAAGUUCAAAGCCCACGCCGGACUCCGCUUUCCGGCAGUCAUCUACGCCCUUGUCGUCAUGCACUCCCUCCGAAAGACUCGGGUACCCACUCAAUACUUACCCAAAACGGCAAUUCUUUGAAUUGC